CCACUGGCACUCGAACGCGCGGCACCUGGUCACACUGCGCCCCAACGACCAUAUGAUUUUUGCCGAGUAUUUUAUUUCCAAAUGUUGUUACCUAAACACGAGCACGUCAAAUUCCUGAGGGCCACAAACGAAAAACAGCCGAGUAUCCAGGAUCGGAAUACUAUUUGAAUGGUGUGAUCUGCAGACGAGCUAGAUCCGUAUCGAGGGAAACGCAGUUCCGGUGAAGGAAGAAGCACACAAAGUCCUUGCAAGAUGUUGCGAAAUUUCGGGAUUUCAUCAAUAAGAAGGAGCAGCUGGAUGGCCAACUGGUGCUCCAAGGAGCGGGCGUGGGCGUCCGCCAUGCGGCUAAAUGCAGCUGCGCCGGCAAAGUGUCCACAAAAGUUGUUAAGCUGCCAUGCCGGCGAUAACCUCCAGCAAAGUCGAAGGGUUCACGAGAGCACCAAUGCGGAGAGGGUGCCUGGGAACCCCAAGGAGAACGAGAGGAAACCCGAGGACCUGGACAGGGCUUACGAGGUUCUGAGAACCACGCUGCCAAAGCUGUUUGUGGAGCCCCUGGACUACUCCAUUUACAGCCCAGGUCUGAUCUUCCACAACAACAUUACGGGCAAGCACACGGUGGGCCUGUAUCACUACGUCAAACAGAUCGCCAUUCUGCGGACGGUGGGCCACCUGAAGUACGCGUACGUAAAAUUUGAGGUGCUCAAGAUCACAAAGCACCAGGACGACUACACGGUGAGGAUAAGGUGGCGAGUACGGGGCAUUUCCGGCCUGAAGGUCAUGUUCCAGUUCUGGAAGUACAAGAUCUGGCAGCUGAAGGAGGUGCUGAAAGAUCAGGAGGCGUGGUACGAUGGCUACUCUGUCUGCUAUCUGGGCGACGACGGGCUGAUCAUCAAACACGUCGUGGACAAAGUGAUGCCGGACGAGAGUCGGGAGGCGGUUGAGAACCCUUCUGCGACGGCACUACCUCCCGGAUCCUUGGCAGCGACCUCUUCCCAGAAGAUCAACUGCCAAUAAAGUCGUAGCUAGCUUUAAAUGUUACUUAUUUAUUGUAUUACUAAUCGUAAUAAACGGAACUGUGAGAACGUUUAGUAACCGCA